UGUUCCUUUGUUGUCUAUUGUUUCGCGAGGAAAAAAAAAAUUGACAUAAACCGUUUUGCGAUUUGGUUCGACACACCGCCGUAAACCAGACUGCUUACAAGGCUUCACGCUGAUCACGCUCGUGCUCCGGAGUUCCAGCAGCGGGGUUGAUCGCGUGCCCCCCAGCGCGUCGCCUUGAUCCCCGGCCCUGUCUUGACGUGUGAAUAGCAGCAGCAGCAGCAGCAGCAGCAGCAGGCAAGCGAAGACUUGUCUGAGGUCCUCCUGCUUGCUGAAGGAUAUACCUCGCCAGCCUGCAUCACGCAGAAACGACUCGGGUGGCUGGCAGGAGUGGCUUGACGGCGGUCUAAAUCACCUUCGGCCUAUUUCUGUCAUCGUCAUCUUUAUCUUAGUUACUUGUCACCUUGCUUCGACUCUGGAAUGAUACCGAUCAAGAUCCGAAGCCAAAGCGUAGCGAUGCCAGAACACAGGGUCAGCACACGGUCCAUGAUGUAGAACAACCACUCUCUUCUGUUCUCCAUUGCCAUACGACUUCAACAAGAGAGACCCUACUUCACCAACAGGUGGCAUGCUCAUGUACUGGACUGCAAUAUUCCUCAUUUUGGCCACACAGCUGAAAGAUGGCAGCGGGAUGCUGUACGGGGAGGGGUGCGAGGAAGGAUGGGUAAGCUAUGGUUACUACUGUUACUACUUCCAAGACCGCGAAACGACCUUUGACACGGCUUGGCUGGCGUGUGAAGGUCUUGGUGGCGACUUGGCGAGCGUCUGGACGGCGCAGGAGCGGAAGUUCAUUACCGACAUCCUGUGGCAGCCCAGUGUGUCAGCCACAGACUUUGCUUGGUUUGGACUUCAUGGAACACAGGACAAUUCCUGGGCUUACCUGGAUCAGUCGACUGUCAUCAUGACGGACGGCGUGUUGAGUUCAUCCUCAGGCGUGCCAGCUGACAAGAAAAACCGAUGCGGGGCUUUCAUGGGUACAGGCAGUCUUGCCUUUCUUGACUGCAAAGCCAUGAUGGCUCAAGGCUACAUCUGCAAGAAGGCUUUGCCCCGCGUGUUUGCCACAAGCUCUCUGCUGAACCACACGAUCCCGUCCACCACCGCGCCAGCUCGAGCUGCCCAGCUGUAUGAACGGGUGUGGCCGCCCACCCUGCUAGCUUUCCCCACGCAGACGCACUACCUGGCGGAGGACGACACCGACUCGGAGACGGGGUGCGCCUACCGCUGCUUCAACGUGCGCGGCUGCAUGGCGUUUCAAGUCACGUGCAUCACGUCGGACAUGUGCAGAAGUCUCACGUGCGCUCUGCUGACCCACAUCUGACCUGCGAAAAUACACCUUGACGUAGGGAUGGCAAUAAACUUUAUUUGCAUGUAAGGCUAUCUAUAUAUUCCACUGACCUCCAUCUCGAUCUCUUACGAUUCUUGAAACUAGGCCAGAGAUUGGCUGACCUACACUGGACACAAUCACGGUGCCCAAAGGUAUUUGACACCUAAAGCAAGCUCUCUCUCCCACUUCACAAUCACUGAGGUGUGAAAAUACUAUCUGUGAUCUGCUGACGUAGAUAUGACACAUUCAGCUGUUUACCGGCUUUACAGUUUACAUAUACGUGCUAAUCUAGCCUCCCCCCAUUCCACAGAACCACAGCGAACAUUGACUUGAAGUUUCACACGCUCAUACGUGGCACAUGUUUGUGAAGACUUAUAUUUAAUUGUCUUCUCAAAUAAAUUUAAAGUCUGACUCAGCUGAUAUAGUAACGAGGUCUUUGCAAGCUGGUAUUGCAUACAGAAAUUUUUUUUAAAAGUAUAUAUUUUACUCAGCAAGAUUAUAAUUAAACGUGUAAAUAAAUUAUUAGGUAGAAUAAACAUGACAAAGUUUGACUUUAAUACAACACAAUAAACGUUUGUGAUAUUAGAGUUUAUUUAAAUUCAGGAUAUUAAACUAUUUCUUGGGCUUGGUGU